AUUCGUAAACUCAUAUAUAUUUUUUGAUACGAUGUGUUUUCGAACAGUAUAUAAGUAUGAUUAUUAUUUAUUAUGUCAGUCGAUUAAAAAUACAAUUGCAAGUGCGCGUAUUGUUGUACUGGUAAUGUUUAGAGCCCUGAGCAGGAGCAAGGUGAGAAUCCUGGGAAAAUCCUCUUAACCACGUAAUCCCUGGACCCGUCUGUUAUUUCUGGACAUUUAUCACCACCCCGGCUCCAACAAUAUGCCAUUUCACGCAUCUUGUGCCAACCAGUGCAACAGGAGGCCAUGUUAUUGUCGCCUCUAGCAGAGAGGAACUGGGAGGAUGUCUGCUCGGUGCUGGAGGAGGUGCUGGAAGACCAGUCCGACAGGGAGCUGUUUGCCCUGGAACUGGGAUCUGGCACUGGGCAGCACGUGAUACACUUUGCCCGGAAGAUACCAUUCAUCACCUGGCAACCGUCAGAUAUCAAAGAGGAGUUUCUGGACAGUAUAAGGGCUUAUAUCGUGGCCGCUAAAGUCACGAAUGUACGGCAGCCAAUUCACCUGGACGCAAGCGAGCCCUGGGACAAGUGGGCGGGUCUCACCCACAACUCCUGUGAUGUCGUCGUCGCCAUCAACCUGCUGCAGUACAGCUCCUUCACAACGGCCCAGGGUCUUUUCAUUGGAGCAGGUCAGAUCCUUAAAGAAGAUGGUAUUCUGAUAAUUUAUGGGGCAUAUGCAAUGAAUGGCAUGAUUACUCCAAGUUGCAAUGAAGACUUGGAUGCAGAGAUAAAAAAGAUGAAUCCAGAAUGGGGGCUCCCAGACAUAGACGUACUGAGACAACUUGCCUUUGGUAACCGACUGCGGAUGGAAAGGAUAGUAAGUAGCUCGAUUGCACAUGAUUGCCCUUUAAUAUGUUUCUAUCUUUGCUAUAGUGUGUGCACAUAUUGAUUUAUGAACCUAUUUGUUUCCCGUAGAUUGAAAUGGAGGAUUACAAGAAAUGCCUUAUCUUCAGAAGGCUGUGAAGGAGCCUAAGAUGGAUCCAGCUUAAAACAGAGCACAUAACUACCAUGUUUCCAUAGCACAUAGCAACAUUAUGGGGUGAAAACAAAACAUUUGUGUUAUUUAUUUUUCUCAAUACCUGGUUCUACGUCAGAUGAUAAGCGAAAGUCGAAUACAUGAAUGUAACGCAGAACUGUUGAUUCAUUAUACAUUAAUUUACUAAUCGUGUCAAUGGUGGCAUAUUAAGCAUCAAACACUCAAAGGACAUACUCACAAAAGGGUGAGAACGAAGCAAAUGGACGACAAGAUAUUUAUUAAAUAAAAUCGUAAAAUUACUUUGAAAUCAGACAGAUUGAGAAUAAAAGAUCACAGAUGGCAAUUAAGAAU